UUAAAUUCUAUUUAAUCGUAGUGUGAUAUUAAAACUGAAGAGGGUUGUUGGUUUUUUUUUAUCUAAAUAAUUAGCGUAGAAAAAGUAAGAUUUCGAUUAUACAGUACCAAGUGGGUAGUUUUGUUACAGUUUGACGUAGCGAUUUGUGGCUUCGCGUUUUGCUCGCCAUUGACAGCCAAGUGUUUCAAUAUACAACAGGUCUGUGAAAGGUGAAAAUUAGUUCGACUUUUAGUAAUUUGGUACUAUCAAGCAAAAUGGAGCAGGAGAACGAACAGAGUUUCAUCGAGAAAUACAUGAACCAGCUACGUAUCGGUUGUGGACGGGUGAAGUGCAACAACCGCUACUGCGCCUCCAGUAGUUCUUUCUAUAAGGCUAAUAAAAAUCUUGAUGAUGCGGCAUCCGAGGCCAAUUUGCUGUUCUCCCUAGGGGCGACGCUGUGUGACUCAAGCCCGAUCGAAGAAGUCGUAGCUGGGCCUUCUGGUCUUAGUACCAGUUACAGUACACCGUCAACGUCAUAUAUGCCGGCUAAAGCCAGCGUCGAAAGACGUAAUAUGGAUGAAAGAAAGACGAUGAGGUACAGCCAAACGUCUACAUUAAAUACACAAACCGGAACCAGACGUAAACAAAUAGUUCCCACAGAAGGAAACAAAACGGUGAAAAUCGAUCAAAUAAAGGAAGAAGAAGAAAAAGAAGAAGAAAAAGAAAAAGAAGAUAGAAAAGAGGAGAAAGAUUUGAGCAUAUCGGAUGAGACGAGUACACCAAACGAACCCCAAAUUCAGGAAGCUACUUCCGUACAUACUGCACCACCGCCCAGCACAUUGAAAGCUUAUGAAACGCCAUUAACUGAACAUGAUGUCUACAAACUAUGUGAUGAAAGCAUCCAAACACGAACACCAAAGCCACUGAUAGACGCUUUCAAUAAAGUGUUCUCAAAUCUCACAGUGUUUGGAAAGUGCUUCCAUAGUAAAGUAUCGGACCAUAAUAACACCGGUGGAAGUAACACUACGCAAGAAGGGACUUCAGACAAAUCUAACGAUACAGAUAAUAAGAGCGCAUCAGAAACAUUCUUGGACUUAAUAUCAUGCCGCAGAGCUUUCCAGUAUCUUGCUAAAAAAGUGCCGCGGUACUAUUAUAGAUGUGAAUUGAUAACUCUCAUAACUACGCUUGGUGCGCGUAUCGAUUGCGACUUGAAAUUUAAGAGAGCCAUGUCAUAUGAUGCUGUUAAUUGUCUUGCAAUCGCAUUAGAAAUUCAGAAUUAUGACUUCAGGGAUUAUUACGAGGUGGACGCUCUACGAACACUUUGCAAUGUGGCAGAACACUUGCCUGUAAAAGAUCAGGCAAAUCUGGCGCGUCUUUGGGCCCACCAGCAUAAAGAGGGCAUACGGGGUAUACUAAAUCCGCUACAUCAAGUAAUAUUGCUACGGACCCUUCCUAGAAAUAGUGAUUACCACUAUUUAAAACAAAAUGACGAGUGUGUCAUCUCAGCAGCUGAGUUAAUGAAGAUAUUAUACUACGCAAAUAUAUUAGCGGGUGUAGUAGAGAUCUCGUCUCCCGAAGAACGUAUAACAGUAAACCAAGACGAUUUACUGGAUCUGACCUCGCUUGUGGAAAAUAUUACGUCCUUGCACUUAAAGAAUUCGGAAUACAUAUCACUUGAUGAUCCUUUAGCCAACGAACUAAACAUUGACGUAUUAGACUCCGUUAAGCCUUACAUACCAUUUAACGAAUUCUACAACAAACAUCUCAGUGAAUACCUGGUCGCCAAGGAGGCGACGAAUUUAUCAGAUUGUAGAUUUGAUUUGAGCAAUGAAAAGAGAUUCACUUUCCUGAAAUACCCAUUCAUGCUAACAACAACCUAUAAGUCGCUGGGCCUGUGCUACGAGGGUCAUAUCCGGGUGUACUUAGAACUGCUGCUGGCCGAUUUCCGUGGGAUUCCAAUGUCGCCAUAUUUGUGUUUGAAGCUGCGCCGCACUCAUCUCAUUGAGGACACGCUCAUGGUGCUGGAAAGAGUAGCAAGACAGAACCCAGUUGAUCUGAAAAAAGCACUUGUUAUUCAAUUUCCAAAUGAGCCGCUCACUGGCCACGGUACCCGGAAAGAAUUCUUUCAUAUGAUAUGCGGAAUGCUGUGCAAUCCCAAAUAUUGUAUGUUCCGGUACCAAAUGGAAACUAAUACUUUAUGGUUUAAUCUCUCGACAACAGUAAAUGACGCGUUGUUUAACCUUAUGGGCACAAUUCUUGGACUUGCCUUGUAUAAUACUAUUAUUAUACCAAUCGAUUUUCCUAUGGUUAUGUAUAAAAAAUUGAUGGGAAAGAAAGGCACAUACGAAGACCUUGCUGACUGGAGUCCCUUCUUAUACAAAGGAUUAAAAUAUAUCCUGGAGUACGAAGGAGACGACCUGGAAGCAACCCUGAUCCAAACGUUCAGAAUUAUUUACGAGGACGGCUCUGGUAAUAUCGUCCCGCAUGACUUGAAGGAGAACGGUGACAAGAUAUUUGUAACACAAGAUAACAAGAGGGAAUUCGUUACAUUGUAUGUAGACUUUUUACUUAAUAAAUCAGUGGAGAGGCAGUUCAAGGCGAUGCGGCACGGGUUCCUUAGUGUAAUACAGUGGAGCCCAAUCUGGUCGUUGUUCAGACCGGACGAAUUGGAAACGCUACUUUGCGGCAGUAAGAGAAUCAACUUCAAUGAGAUCCAGUCAUUAACGGAAUACCAGGGCGGGUACUCAGCCGAGUCGCGGAUCAUACAGCACUUCUGGCGCAUCGUCCACACAAUGACCGAGGACCACAAGCGAAAGCUGCUUGAAUUCGUCACCGGACGUGACCGUGUCCCAAUCAGCAGCCUCGAUGAAAUGAAAUUUAUUAUUACCCGUAGCGGAGACAAUAGCGAUCGCUUACCCACCUCCCGUACCUGUUACAAUAUGCUGCUACUGCCCGAAUACGAUAGUGAGGACAAGCUUCAAGUCAAACUCCUGAAAGCCAUUAAGUACUCUAAGGGUUUUGGCAACUUUUGAACAAUAUGUAUUGAGUACCAUCCCUUGUCCAUAUCUCGGAUAUGUUCAACAUGUUACAACAUGUAACAUAUUAUAACUUUAGAUUAUAAUUAUAUCAUUUAAUUUGUUAACUUCCAAAUUAACAGUUAAUUUGGAAGUUAUGUUUUCUUUAUUCAUCUCAACUCUACUUUACUUUUUCUAAUAAGAAUAACCUACUGCAAAACGUAACUUUUGUUAUUUUACUGCUGUUAUUAUACUAUAUGUAUAUAUAACACCUUUUUUUUUACUUUAAG